AUGCCACCGUUACACGUCGGAAUAGUUGGUGGCGGUCUAGGCGGUAUGGCCACCGCCUGUGCCGUCGCCAAAGCAGGUUUAAAGGUCACAGUCCUCGAGCAGGCGGAAGAGGUCAAGGAGAUUGGGGCUGGGAUCCAGAUGACCCCCAACGUGUCCAGAUUCCUCAUCCGGUGGGGAGUGGAUCAGGUUUUGGGCAAUUCCCUUGUCGAGUUUGACGAACUCAACCUGCGGAAAAAGGAUGGAACGCUCAUCGGUCAUCUCAAAGUGAAGGACACGGUACGAAGGCAAUUUGGUUUCCCUUGGUGGACAGUUCAUCGUAUGCACUUGCUCUGGGGCUUUGCAGAGGUGGCUGAGAGCGAAGGCGUCGAGACCGUUCUCGGCACUCGCAUCGAAAAAAUAGAUUGGACCUCUUCCGAAAAAGUGAAAGUCACAUCGACAACGGGAAAACAGUGGGAGUUCGACCUGGUCAUAGGCGCGGAUGGUGUCAACUCAGCAAUAAGAAAGAACAUUAUGCCAGAAGUCAAACCCAAACCUCCGAACGGUAACUGUGCCUACCGAGCAACGGUGCCAUACGAUCAGAUCCGCCAGGACCCCGUCUCCAAAGAACUCGUCAAGAAGGUCACCAUGGAGGUCUGGAUGGCUCCCAAGUCGUAUAUCAUCUCGUAUCCAAUGUCGGCAGCCACGAUAUUCAACAUGGUGCUCAGCCACCACGUCGACCACCUGGUGGAACAAACCGAAGACAUCGACAUGGAGGUUGACUUCCGACAGAGAUAUGCAGAUUAUGACCCUCGAAUCAAGCGCGUGGUAGACAUGGUCCCCGAGGCGCGCCGGUGGCCUUUGCUUGUGACUGGGCCCCUGAAAUCCUGGUCGACGCCCCAGAAAAAUGUUGUGUUGCUAGGUGACGCUGCCCACUCCAUGGUGAAUCACAUGGCCCAAGGCGCUGCUACCGCCAUCGAAGACGGUGCUUUCCUUGCGAAGACGUUGUCAAAAGUCGUCGAUGGAAAACUGAGCCUGGCAGAAGCGAUCAAAAUCUACGAAGACACUCGGAUGGACAAGGUUGCCGCGAAGCAGCGGGUCUCAUAUCUGAACGGCUUCAUGUGGCAAAUCCCAGAGGGAGAGUUGACAGAGGCGCGAAACAAAGCAAUGUCGGCUGAGCUGCGAGACGAGUUUGCAAAGUACUCAUCCAACCUCUGGAAGGAUCCAGAUACUACAUCCGCAGUUUAUGGUUACGAUGCGGAGAGGGACGCUGACAUGGCCAUCGACGCAUAUAUUACCAAGAGUCAGUUUAACGGCGACGUUACUCAGCAUGAAGUUGACAAGUAUAUUGGAUGGUGGUGGCCAGCUGGAAGAAAGAACGAGCUUCAGUACUCGAAGCUGUAA